AAGACCCACAGGCUACGGAGAGAAGAUAAGGUUCGAAAGCAUCGGCUCAAAGGUGGAGACUUGGAAGCACGAUCGGCGCGACAGGACACCGGGAGAGGGAGCCAUUGCUUAGUUACCCAGAAAAAAAAAAUGGUGGUUUCUCUUUCCUUGAUGCGAUUUUCCUAUUAUUGCUCCUCAGAAGUGAUUGAAAGAAAGUCUCUAUGCCUCUCUCAGCAGACCGACCUCAAUCGAAGAGCACUGCCAUCUCAGCUUCCCGAGAUAUUCUGCUUGGAAGGCGGCUUGCUGUGAUCAGCAGUGGAGCCUCACUGGUCUUGGUUUCAAGCAUAAGUUGUGGCCUCGCUGCAUUACCUAUCAAGGCAGAAGAAGAGAAGAAUCUGGUCGAUCAAAAGGAUGAGGGCGAUGGUGGUGUUUUCGGCACUAUCAAGUCCAUAUUUGACCCCAAUGAGAAAACAAAAGCAGGAAAGUUACUGCCAAAGGCCUACCUGAAGUCUGCAAGGGAAGUGGUGAAGACACUUCGAGAGUCAUUAGAGGAGGAUACAAGAGAUGUUUCCAAGUUUAGAAGGACUGCUGAUGCCGCAAAGGAGUCAAUCAGACAGUACUUGAGCAGUUGGAAGGGACAGCCAGCAGUUGUAGCUGAGGAAUCAUAUGCUGCAAUUGAGAAAGCUAUAAGAUCACUGGCCAGUUUCUACUCAAAAGCAGGGCCCUUUGCCACCAUGACAGAAGAGGUUAAAGCAAGUAUUCUGAAUGACUUGAAGACCGCAGAGGAUUGUCUGUAACAAGAACAUGGUCAUUUCCAAUUCUUCAGCCCAAUCAAUUUUCCCUGCUCAUUGUGUAUGCAGUUUCCUUCACUUUAAUUGAAAUCUUGACUACUUGAUAGUAUCAUUAGUCAUGUCCUUCUGAACAUCUUAUUCUUCAAAACAUUUUGCUCAUUAGAUUCUGUAACAAAUACAUGAUCAUUGCUGCUUUAUUAGAAAAAUGAAAACUGUGCAUGAUUUAA